GAAUGGUUCUUUAUGCUGUCACAUGAAGUACUCAAUCCGAUGUACUGCUUAUUCAUGUAUGCGGGAGCAAAUAACUAUAGUUUGCAAAUCAAUCCAGCCUCGUUCAUUAAUCCGGAUCAUUUGAAAUAUUUCGAAUACAUUGGGCGGUUCAUUGCCAUGGCUUUAUUCCAUGGGAAAUUCAUCUACAGUGGAUUUACGAUGCCUUUUUAUAAAAAGAUGCUCAAAAAGAAGUUGACACUAAAAGAUCUGGAAAGCGUUGAUGCUGAGUUCUAUAACAGUUUGAUGUGGAUCAAGGAGAACAAUAUAGAUGAAUGUGAUAUGGAGCUGUAUUUUGUUGCCGAUUAUGAAUUGUUAGGCGAAAUUCGUACACACGAACUCAAGGAAGGUGGAGCUGAAGUGGUAAUAUUUUUUGUGCACAGUGCCUUAGAUAGUCGUUAUUUUUUGCCUCAAAGCGCUACUUACAUGGACGAACGAUGGUGUACGUACGGUGGUGAGCACAUUAAUUGA